AUGGCGAGUGGUCGAGUCGGCCGCCGAAAAGCGGACAAAGCCAAUGCUCGACUCAGCGCCGUGCUAUUAGUCGCGCUGCUGCCAUCUUUGUGGGGACUUCCCUGCUUUGCAGGAUCCACACUGCAGAAGACUCGAGAUGACCUCUCGCACGCAACGCGCGGCAACGCGGCAGAAGAUCAGAAGCAGUACGCUGACGGUGUUGUCCAGUCGACGAUAAGUGAGACUUUCGAGGAGGUCUUGUCACGAGCUACAACAGCCGAGCAAGUCUUCGAUCAGCAGAAUCAGAACAGGGAACAUCUGCGUGCAGCGGAUGCUGUUGCAUUGCUCAAGAAGCUACUUCACAAGCCAGACCCAAGAUCCAGGAACGCAUGGCAGCCGACAGAGCCGGCGCAGCUCACCCAGCUGGAGGACUUCAAGCACCUAGUGACCAUGCAGAUCGAAAUGGUGCGGAAGAUGAACAAGUUCCUUGCAGCAGAAAUCCUGAUCGAGAGUGCCGAGCUUGGAAAUCAGCUGCUGGACCUGGGCAUGCUGGAUGAAGGCCGGCAACUCUUGGAUAGCUCUCUGAUCGCCAUCGAGCAGGCGUUGCAACCCAAUGCGCUGUUCAGAGGAGGAUAUGGCUUCCUGGUGGCGGAUCUACCAAAAAUCCUGGCAUCGUUGCCGGGAGGUCAUGACCCGAUCAGACGACGAUGCCUCAGCGCAAUAUCGUCAAAAGUCAGAAGACUCGGUCCUGAGAGUCUCCUGGAUGUGGUCCACUCUCUGGUGGAAAGCAAGGACAAGCUGCAAGAGGAGGACCGCGAACUCCUCCGGCGAGUUCUGCAGAUCGCCGCCAGGAAGAAACAUAUCUUCAAAGGACCACAGCUGGCGGACAUGCUCUACAGCAGUGCUCUUCUCAACGAGCGGGAUGAAGUCCUGCUGCAAGUGGCCACUCGUAAAGCCGCGAACAACAUCGGCCUCUUCCAGCACACGGACCUUGCCAAGCUAGCCUUCUCGGUAACGAGGUUGGAUUUCAGGGACCAGAACUUUCUAGGAAUGCUUGCGCAAGCGACGUCUUGGAAAGCAACAGCUAUGCCUGCCUCCACACUGAGUCAGAUUUUGCUGUGCUUGGGCCACUUCCACUUCGCAGAAAAUGACUUGGCCAUCGAUGAUGCAGUCAAGCAACUCAAGGCUCUUCUAUUGACGGAAGAGCUCGAUCCGGGUGUGCUGAGCGAUGCUCUCAAGGGCUUGGCCCAGCUUCAGCACCUGGACAACGAGUUCUUGGAAGCAUCUGCCAAGCAACUGGUGCUGUUCGCGCGCCAAGUCCAAGGAGCAGCUUCUUAA